AUGGGUGUCCAACGCGGUGAUCAGACGCAGGCUGGCUCCUUAAGGAGGGAGUUGAUAGCUUUAAAGGUGAUUCACUUCCGGUGUCUGAUUCUUCACCAUUUCAAAUUUCAACACAGCCAUAUUCCCACUCAAAAUGUCAUAUUCGAGGCAGGGAGCAUAUCACGAUUGGCUCAACAUAUUUGUGCCUUGCAAAAGGGAGAUAGAGUUGCAAGCAACCAUAAUGCCAUAUCGGUGAUGACAGACUUGAUCGAUAAAUAUUCCGUGUUCCGACGACAUGCGCAUCGACAAGACGUAUAUCCAAAUACAACCAGUGUGGUUCUAACCGGAGCAACCGGUUCAAUUGGUGCGCAUGUAGUGUCCGAGCUAUUAAAUGAUGAUUCUGUGUCGACAAUUUAUUGCCUCACAAGGCGCGCAUCGUCGCAGGACGCAGUAAUCAACAACCUGGCUGAAAAGGAUCUAUAUGUCGACCCCGAGCAGAUAAAGAAGAUCGUCGCCUUCGACAGCUGUCUCGAUAAGCCCGAUUUUGGCCUCACUUUGGAAGAAGACAUAAUUAGCACAUGCUCGACUCGGUUUCUCUAA